CUGUACCCUGUGAGGAAGUGUGCUGUGGUGCUGUGGAUCUGGCUCCAGGCCUGGUCACCAGCUGUCCUCCUCUGCUGGGCUGGAGCACUGUGUCCUACAUGGCUCCAUGUACAGCUGUGCGGUGAACUGGAAGAGCAGUCCCAGCUACACAGCCUUCAUGGCUGCCCUGUCCUUCCUCAUGCCUGCUGCAGUGAUCCUGUUCUGUUACGUCAUCAUCGUCCGUGUAGCCCGGAGCCACGCCAGGAGGAUCCACACCCUGGAGGACCAGCUCCAGAGAAACACUGGAAUGCCGAGCUCCUCCUUCCCGACCGAGAUUACUUCUGAGCGGACGAGUCCGAGGUGUCUAGGUGCCCACGGUCCUUCCACCUCCAGGCUGGUGUAUCAUCUGAGUGGGCGGUUUGUAUCGGAGACCCAUGGAGAGGUUGGGGACGGGGUUCCUUCAGGGUCAGAUCAUACUGCUGGAGCUCCACAGACCUCCAGCCACCCAGGCUCUACCUCCAGCUCCAAUGCUGCAUCCCGGAGACUGUUCUCCUUCCUGGCCCAACACGCCCCCCAUGGCCACCCCCAUCCGCCCCACCAGAACUCCAACUCCAAUCACCUCCAUCACCACGGGGUUGUACGUCUCUUCCUGGUUAUCUCCGUCUUCUUCCUGUGUUGGACUCCAUAUAUAGGCGUAGCGCUAGUGCAGGCCACGGAGACCGCCCUAUCGUGUAAGUCCUCCUUAGUCCCGCCCUCGGCGGUCACCUUCUCCUAUUGGUUGGUUCUGUUGAACUCAGACAUCAAUCCUCUGCUGUAUGCUCUGCUCAGUCAGAGGUUCCAGGGAGCUCUGCGGUGCCUGAAGCAGAAGAUCAGAGUGCGCCUGGGGGGCAACGUGGUGGGGAGGGGGGGAGGCGAGACCAGGAGGGAGGGAGAGGAGGGGAGGAGCAGUGAACCAUGUGACCCAUGUACUCUGACUUCCGUCCAUCCCCGCCCCCAGUGGCCCCGCCCCCAUCCUGGCCUAGUAUGUCCUGGACCUGGGUCAGACAUCCACAACCCACCUGUAGGAGAGGGGCUGAGACGGGCCUACUGCUCUUCCGUCUUCACAGUCGACUCCAACUUCUCGGACAGCUCCAGGGAGCGUGUAUGUGGUGUGUUCCGCCCCGGUAGCUCCGCCUCUUCCUCCACCUCCUCUGGAUACUCCUCCUCRUCCUGCCACCUGUGGCAGGACUCAGUUGGAGAAGGUGGGGAGAGGAGUUCAAACAGGAGGUUGGAGUGCCUGCAGGUCCCCACCAGGACAGCAGAGGGCAGCAGUCUGCCGUUCUCUGCAGCCACCAGAGACAGACAGGCAACCUUCUUCUAUGGACAGAUCACACUUAGCGUGGAGCUGGAUGAAACGCUUCAGCGGGUCCCAGUCCUCUGGAAGCAGCAACAUCAGGAAGGCCCAGGCAGAUGA